AUGCAUAUUGAUGCCCUCAAUGAUAUUACAAAUUUAAUUUCGAAUGAUGAUGAAAAUAAUGAAUUACUUCAACUAUUCAAGCAAUAUAAAUCAGUACUUCAUGAUGCACUUAAAAUCAUGCAAGAACAAGAAAAUGCCAAUAAUAUUCAAUGGGCACAAGCUGUCCAAAGAAGUUUUAAGAGUGUACAAGAUUUAGUAAUAGAUGUUAAAUCAUAUAAAAGAAGAAUAAAUAAUCCAUAUACUUGGAAAGACCACAACAAACACACGAU